UCGGCCUCGCCGGCCCAGGGGUGGAGACCGAGCUCGGGGCGAGUCCCUGGCGGGGCGGGGCCUCGAGCGGGGGCGGGGCAGGUCCCGGGCCCAGACGUGGCGCAGCGGACGGGCGGUUCACGUUCAGCUCGUGGAUCGCCUCCGGUCGGCCACCGAUGAAUCUCCCGCUGCCUCCGCCGGCGCUGCUGCUCCUACUUGCGGCGUUCGCGUCCGCCGCCACCACCUUCCGGCCCGACUGGAACCGUCUGCAGGGCCUGGCCCGAGCCCGGGUGGAGACCUGCGGGGGAUGACAGCUGAAUCGCCUGAAGGAGGUGAAGGCCUUCGUCACCCAGGACAUCCCAUUCUAUCACAACCUGGUAAUGAAACACCUUCCGGGAGCCGACCCAGAGCUCGUGCUGCUGGGCCACCGCUACGAAGAACUGGAGCGAAUCCCACUCAGCGAGAUGACCCGUGAGGAGAUCAACGAGCUGGUGCAGGAGCUCGGCUUCUACCGCAAAGCGGCGCCCGACGAGCCUGUUCCUACCGAGCACUUGCGGGCGCCCGCUAGGUCCACCGAAAGCGCUCCGGACCGCGGCGACCUGUAGGUCCGGGGCCGCGACACCCACCCCUGCCCGAGUCUUGGGGACAGAAUGAAGUGCUCAGUGUCCCGGGAGUACCUCCCUCGCUGAGGGCCGACGCCCCGUCCCAGAGCCGGCACCGGUGGAGGUGGGGGCCCCUCCUAACCCCUUUCUUGCCUUCCCAGCUGAACUAAAUCCCCUUCCGCCUUAA